GGCGCCUCCCCGCCCCAGGCGAGGAGAUUUCCCCUCGUUGCGAUGAAUCACCAUCCGGCUGGGAGGGAUUCUUCUCUCGGGACACUUGGCAGAGGAGUUGCAGCUGAGGGCGGGCAUUCCUCCUUCGGCCGGGGCGAGCCACCAUCAUGUCUGGGAUCGCAGCGAAAGUGGCCAAAGACCGGGCGGUGGCCCAAGGGCUGGGCUCCAACCAGAAGGCGGUCAAGUACCUCCGGCAGGACUUCGGGGCGCUCAGGGACGAGUGCCUGGAGGCCGGGAAGCUCUUCCAGGACCCCUCCUUCCCCGCCGGGCCCCCCGCCCUGGGCUUCAAGGAGCUGGGACCCCACUCCGCCAAGACCAAGGGCAUCGUCUGGAAGAGACCCACGGAGUUAUGUUCCAAUCCUCAAUUUAUUGUUGGAGGGGCCACUCGGACUGAUAUCUGCCAGGGAGCUUUAGGAGACUGUUGGCUUCUGGCUGCCAUUGCUUCUCUCACGCUAAAUGAAGAAAUUCUGGCUAGAGUUGUUCCCAGUGAUCAGAGCUUUCAAGACAGAUAUGCAGGGAUCUUCCAUUUCCAGUUUUGGCAGUAUGGAGAAUGGACGGAUGUGGUGAUUGAUGACAGGCUGCCAACCAAAAAUGGGGAGCUCCUUUUUGUCCACUCAGCAGAAGGGACUGAGUUCUGGAGUGCACUGUUGGAGAAGGCCUAUGCCAAGGUGAAUGGGUCUUAUGAGGCUCUCUCUGGAGGAAGCACUACUGAGGGCUUUGAGGACUUCACGGGUGGAAUUGCAGAGUGGUAUGAACUGAGAAAAGCUCCACCAAAUCUGUUCAGGAUCAUCCAGAAAGCUCUUCAAAAAGGUUCUCUCCUGGGAUGUUCUAUCGAUAUCACAAGUGCUGCUGAGACGGAGGCAGUCACAACACAGAAGCUGGUUAAAGGGCAUGCGUACUCUGUAACGGGUGCAGAAGAGGUCAGUUUCCGUGGCAGUCUGCAAAAAUUGAUCAGAAUCCGAAAUCCCUGGGGAGAAGUGGAAUGGACUGGGAAAUGGAACGAUAAUUGCCCAAGCUGGAGUAAUGUCGAUCCUGAAGUGAGAGACAGACUAACCAAGAAACAUGAAGAUGGAGAAUUUUGGAUGUCAUUUGAUGAUUUUCUGAGACAUUACUCACGCCUUGAGAUCUGUAACUUGACUCCAGACACCCUGACCAAUGACAACUACAAGAAAUGGAGCCUCAAUUUGAUGGAUGGGAACUGGAGAAAAGGAUCCACUGCUGGUGGAUGCAGAAAUUAUCCUGAUUCAUUUUGGAUGAAUCCACAAUAUUUGAUUAAACUUGAGGAAGAAGAUGAAGAUCCAGAUGAUCCUGAGAAGGGCUGCACCUUUCUGGUUGGACUGAUUCAGAAACACCGCCGGAAGCAACGGAAAAUGGGAGAGGAUAUGCAUACCAUUGGCUUUGCCAUCUAUGAGGUUCCUCCACAGUCUUCAGGCCAAACCAGCGUCCAUCUGAGCAAAAAUUUCUUUCUGACAAACCGAGCAAAAGAACGAUCAAACACCUUCAUCAACCUCCGAGAAGUGUUGAAUCGCUUCAAGCUUCCCUCAGGGGAGUAUAUUAUUGUGCCAUCAACAUUCGAACCCAACAAGAAUGGGGAUUUCUGCCUCCGAGUCUUCUCUGAAAAGAGUGCGGAUUCACAGAUUGUUGAUGAUGAAAUUGAGGCCAACAUUGAAGAGAAAGAAGUCACUGAAGAUGAAAUUGAACCCAGUUUUAAGAAACUAUUUGGACAAUUAGCUGGAGUGGAUGCUGAGAUCUCAGCCUUUGAACUGUGUAAUAUUCUGAAAAAAGUGAUGGCAAAACGCCAAGACAUUAAAUCUGAUGGCUUCAGCAUUGAAACAUGUAAAAUCAUGGUUGAUCUAUUAGAUACAGACGGAAGUGGUAAACUGGGGCUGAAGGAGUUUCAUAUUCUUUGGACAAAGAUUCAGAAAUACCAGAAAAUUUAUCGGGAAAUGGAUGUUGAUAGUUCUGGAACCAUGAAUGCCUAUGAGAUGAGGAAAGCUUUAGAACAAGCAGGCUUUAAGCUGGAUUGUCAGUUGCACCAAAUCAUUGUGGCUCGUUUUGCUGAUGAGCAGCUGAUCAUUGAUUUUGACAAUUUUGUUCGGUGCUUGAUUCGGCUAGAAACCUUGUUCAAGAUAUUUAAGAAAUUGGACACUGAGAAAACUGGAACAGUACAGAUGAAUCUUGUCUCUUGGGUGUGCUUUACUAUCAUCUGAAGAAGGAAUGCAUCUCAUUUGAAAACUUCUGUCGGGACCAGAACAUCAUUUUAAGACCAAUGUCAAGAAAUCAAAGAAACUACUUAUAUUUUAAUGCUGCUGUAUACCUUCGAUUGAUGAAAUGGUUUGCCUGAGGGUGGGGGGAUGCUGGAAAAAUAAAAUGAUUCCACAAUGGGAGUUAGUUAACUUGACAAAUUCAUUAUACAAACAUUAACUUUAUAUGCAAAAGUUUGCUUCAGCUGCUUCAAAGUGUGCUAUAAAAAAGUAAACAAAACACAGCUCAGCCCAGAUCUUUUAAGAAACUGGCAGGUGAACGCCACCUCCCUGAAAGAAAGAUAAUAUAUUUCAUUCUGCUUUUAUUAAGCAUUAUAAACACUAAACAAGUAUCUUAAUGCUAGGCAAUAAAGCAGUUACAUAGUGAGCUUCUUAUUGUGAUUUUAUCAAGCACUGAUUUUCAAACAACUGAAAUUUAACUCAUAAUAUUUAAUAAAUGCAUUUGUCACUGAAAUAUAGGAUGGUAACUGUGCCAUGUAUCUACAUGACAUCCUAUAAUUUUUAUUUUCUUCUAAUGAUUUUAAGUUUUAUGUUCUUUUAAAAUAUGGACUAUCAGUUGAUAAAUCAAAGUAGAACUACCCGUUUUAUCAGCAAGAUGUCUAUAUAACUCAAAAAAGCUUUGCAUUUGCGCAGACUGCAACAAAUGCCAGAUUAAUUUCAGAUACAUGUACAGAUAAAAUGGCAGCAGGGGAUCAUAAUUUUAAAAUGUAUGUUUCACUUACAACACAAAGCAAUUAACUUAUAUAAGUCAUUUUCUUUUCAUCAGGGGUUGAACAAUACUUGUACUUCCUAAUUUAGAAGGGUUUAAAAAUAUUAAGCCAGUAGAGCUAGCAAUUUUUUUAACUGUUAAGAGUGCAAUAAAUUUCUUGGGAUACAGUG